AUGAUACAAGUAUACAAACACAGCUUCACAAAGAACCACUACACAGAUUUCUCUCAAAAUGAGAAGUUAAAGGAGAACUAUGAGCCAACUUCCUAUCUAUCAGGAACUAUCAUAGGCCCAUUUCCUAUCCCCUGGGACUGGAUUCUGAAGCUGAUCAGUCCUCCCCAGACAGGUUGCAUGAGAGGCAAAAAGGCUCCCAAACUGGACCUCCUCAUCAAGCAAAGCCUGAGAGUAUACCCCACAGCAAUAGGCAGAAGCAAUCAAUAUUCCGAGCUUAGGGAAAACCCAACAAAUGCAGAAAACAAUUACAAUCAGAACUUGGGCUGGCUGCAGCCUAGCUGCAAACUAAAUUUAGACUACAGGCACUCCAACGUUGGCAGGGCCACUACACAGUGGAACCACAUGCUGGGCUACCUGGCCGCCCUGGCCAAGGCCUGCUACGCCGGCAACAUCGAGCUCUUCGUCUUCUUCAACGGCGCGCUGGACAAGGCCCGGCUCCAUGAGUGGGUGAAGCGCCAGAGCAACGAGCGCCAGACCGGCCAGCAGAUUAUCAGCCACAUCCAGAACAAGGGCACCCCGCCCCCCAAAGUCUGGUUCCUGCCCCCGGUCUGUAUGGCCCACUGCAUCCGCCUGGCCCUGGUCCGCUUCCACAUCAAGGUUGCACAGAGCAUUGAAGAUCAUCAUCAAGAAGUCAUCAGUUUUUGCCGUGAAAAUGGAUUCCAUGGUCUGGUUGCGUAUGACUCAGACUAUGCGCUGUGCAAUAUCCCGUAUUACUUCAGUGCUCACGCAUUAAAACUGAGCCGCAAUGGAAAGAGCAUCACAACCAGCCAGUACCUAAUGCACGAGGUGGCUAAACAGCUGGAUCUCAAUCCCAACCGCUUCCCCAUUUUUGCUGCUCUUCUAGGUAACCACAUCCUACCUGAUGAAGAUUUAGCUGCUUUCCAUUGGAGCUUACUUGGACCAGAUCAUCCAUUAGCUUCAUUAAAAGUUCGCGCUCACCAGCUUGUUUUACCUCCAUGUGAUGUCGUGAUCAAAGCGGUCGCAGACUAUGUGCGCAACAUUAAAGAUACAAAUGAUUUGGAUGCAAUUUCUGCAGAUGUUUUUCAGCAUUCACAGUCCAGAACAGAUGACAAAGUUUCCCGGUUCAAGAGAGCUGUCGCUUACUACAGAGCCACCAACAAGCCCCUGCAAUACCCACCAGCUCCGUACCCUGGCAGACCAAAUCAAAACCGAAUUCAUGGUAUGAUGCAGGGCGACCCAUCUCAGAUGACUCCUCCGCCUAAUGUACAAUCAAAGCCUAUGGCUCCUCACAUGUCCGGCCAUAGUGGUGCUAUUGGUAAAGGUCCAUUUCCAUACACCCUCUCUGAAUCCACUGCCACUGUCAGCCCUACAAGUAAGAGUGUCUCUGAACAGAAUAACUACAGUAACAUUCCUCAUGAAGGCAAACACACCCCACUGUACGAGCGCUCUUCACCCAUCAACCCGGCACAGAGCGGGAGCCCCAACCAUGUAGAUUCCACCUACUUCCCAGCAUCAUCUCCCUCAUCUUCUGACAACGACGAUGGCAAUGGAGGAGCCAGCAAUCACAUCAGCGGGAACAAGGCAAAAUCACCCGGAAAAACCAACAAGAAGAAUAACGGAGACCAGGUAAAGAAUGAGGGCUCCUCAGCUGCCACAUCAGGAACUAAGGUAACUGAGAAGAAAGGCAACCAGGCGGGUGGUCUACAGAUUCCAUGUCUUCUGUCCAUGCCUACCAGGAAUCACAUGGACAUCACAACUCCUCCACUGCCUCCUGUGGCACCUGAAGUAUUAAGAGUAGCCGAACAUCGCCACAAGAAGGGCUUAAUGUACCCUUACAUCUUUCAUGUACUCACAAAGGGAGAAAUCAAAAUUCCAGUUACCAUUGAAGAUGAAGUGAACAAGGACCUUCCCCCAGCUGCUAUCCUCUACAGACCGGUGCGCCAGUAUGUUUAUGGGGUCCUGUUCAGCCUGGCGGAGUGCAGGAAGAGAGCAGAGCGGCUUGCUUUUAGAAAGAACAGAAUGCCCCCUGAAUAUUAUCCAGUCAUUAUUAAGGAGUGGGCAGCUUAUAAGGGAAAGUCCCCCCAGACACCGGAACUGGUGGAAGCCCUUGCCUUUAGGGAAUGGACUUGCCCCAAUCUAAAGAAGCUGUGGUUGGGCAAAGCAGUUGAGGACAAGAACCGGAGGAUGAGAGCUUUUCUUGCCUGUAUGAGAUCCGAUACACCAGCCAUGCUUAAUCCUGCGAACGUGCCCACUCACCUUAUGGUGCUCUGCUGUGUAUUACGCUAUAUGGUGCAAUGGCCAGGCAUCCGAAUACUUCGGCGUCAGGAGCUUGAUGCCUUCCUCGCCCAGGCACUGUCACCCAAACUCUAUGAACCUGAGCAACUCCAGGAACUCAAGAUCGAUAAUUUGGACCCCAGAGGAAUUCAGCUGUCUGCCUUGUUCAUGAGCGGAGUGGACAUGGCACUUCUGGCGAAUGAUGCCUGUGGACAGCCCAUCCCCUGGGAACACUGCUGCCCCUGGAUGUAUUUUGAUGGAAAACUACUUCAGUUCAAGUACAUUAAAGCUACUAGGGAAAAGGCCUCACUAAUUGACCUCUGCGAUGGUCAGGCAGAACAAGCUGCUAAAGUAGACAAGAUGAGACAAAGUAUCCUGGAAGGGCUCCACUUUGCAAGACAGAACCAUCCACUGCCAUUCCCCCCUCCACCCGCCAUGCCUUUUUACCCUGCUGCUAUGUACCCGCGACCCUUUGGACCAAUGCCUCCACCUCCAGGGAGAGGAAGAGGCUUCCCUGGUGUCCAGCCUAUUCCUUCUCAGGGAGGGAAGCUUGAAAUAGCUGGGACUGUGGUUGGCCAGUGGGCUGGGACUAGACGUGGACGUGGCAGAGGACAGUUUCCAAUUCAGGUGGUUUCUGUUGGUGGACCAAAUAGAGGACGCCCCAGAGGAGUUAUAUCAACCCCUGUCAUACGAACAUUUGGAAGAGGUGGUAGAUAUUAUGGAAGAGGGACAUACAAAAACCAAGGGACAUUUCAGACCAAGCCGCCAUACGCCACUUCUGCGGCAGAAGUGGCCAAAGAGCUUAAGACACAAUCCGAAGACUCCAAAUCAUCCGCCGUGUCUUCAGAUGGUUCUCUGACCGAGAACGGAGUGGGGAACGAGGAAACCCAAGCUUCCCAGAUCAACGGGGGCUCUGCAGACAUCCAGCCUCCCAAUCACUCCGAAAGUGCCUUAAGCAGUGACUCUAAAGCGUGCAAUACCAAUCCUCAUUUAAAUGCACUAGAUCCAGACAGCGGGCACCACGAGGAGGAAAGCCUCGAAGCCUCUGUCUUAAAAACAGAAGAGUAAACGUAUUUUUCUAGAGGGUGAAGGAUGUUAGAAAGUUCAGGGUUAGGAAUAUCUGGAAAGAAGGAGAGCCUACAGUUACGUACAUUUUUUCCUUUCCGUAAGAGAAAAAUGAGGAUUUGGAAAUUCGGAUCCCUCUUUUGACGUCAGACAAACAAAAAAAAGAGUUUCAGAGAUUUUAUUUUCUUUUUAACCAGUUGUAGUCAAAAUGCUACAAAAAACAAACAAAACAAAAGCUGAGCAUAUUUGAAGAGCAUUUGACUCCCAUAUGUUAA